GGUGGCAGUCGCUGUGCUGGGAGAGUGGAGGUUCUUCAUAGAGGACAGUGGGGAACAGUGUGUGAUGAUGGCUGGGAUAUGAGAGAUGCUGCAGUGGUGUGUAGAGAGCUGGGCUGUGGAGAGGCUGUAGAUGCACUAAGUGAUGCUCACUUUGGACCAGGAUCAGGACCAGUCUGGAUGGACAGUGUGGACUGUAGUGGAUCAGAAACUAUAUUGAAGCACUGUAGAUCUAGAAGGUUGAGUAGACAUGACUGUGAUCACAGUUCAGCUGCUGGAGUCAUCUGCUCAGGAGUCAGGCUGGUUAAUGGUUCUCGCUGUUCUGGGAGAGUGGAGGUGCUUCAUGGAGAGACCUGGUCCACAGUUUGUGAAGCUGACUUUGACCAGCAGGAUGCAGAGGUUGUGUGUCGAGAGCUGGGCUGUGGGCUUCCUGUGGAGGUGCUGGGAGCAGCUGCUUUUGGCAGAGGGGAGGGUCAGGUGUGGUCAGAGGAGCUUCAGUGUAGAGGCAACGAAUCUCAGAUUCACUUCUGUCCAACAUUGUCAUCACUCAAACACAACUGCACCCAUGAUAAUGAUGUGGGACUAGUUUGUAAAAAUAGUGUGAGGUUGGUGGAUGGUGGUAGUCGCUGUGCUGGGAGAGUAGAGGUUCUUCAUAGAGGACAGUGGGGAACAGUGUGUUGUCGUGGCUGGGAUAUGAGAGCUGCUGCAGUUGUGUGUGGAGAGCUAGACUGUGGGGAGCCGUUAAGUAUAGAUCUUACUGUACCAGGAUCAGGACCAAUCUGGAUGAGUCAUGUGGACUGCAGUGGAUCAGAGUCUACACUGAAACACUGUGGAUCACUGGGAUGGGGUGAACAUACCUGUUACCAUUAUAUAGAUAUUGAAGUGAUCUGUUCAGGUAACAGAAAGCCCAGAUUUACUGGUGGUUCUCAUCUGUGCUCUGGGAGAGUGGAGGUGCUUCAUGGAGAUACCUGGUUCACAGUGUGUGAUACAGACUUUGACCAGCAGGAUGCAGAGGUUGUGUGUCGAGAGCUGGGCUGUGGGCUUCCUGUGGAGGUGCUGGGAGCAGCUGCUUUUGGCAGAGGGGAGGGUCAGGUGUGGUCAGAGGAGCUUCAGUGUAGAGGCAAUGAAUAUGACAUUACUCUAUGUCCAACAUCCUCUUCACUCAAACACAACUGUUCCCAUAACAGUGAUGUGGGUCUAAUAUGUUCUGGUCACACUGGAGCUCAGCUGGUGAACGGCUCUGACUCCUGUUCUGGUCGAGUGGAGCUCCAGUACCUUAGUGAAUGGGGCACAGUGUGUGAUGUAAGCUGGGAUUUGAGAGCUGCCAGUGUCCUCUGUGGUCAGCUGAAGUGUGGGAGUGCUGUGGCUGUGUUGGGGUCAGACUGGUUUGGGGAGGGGAGUGGCCAGAUCUGGGCUGAUGUGUUUAAUUGUCAGGGGAACGAAACACACCUGUCAAAAUGUCCCAUUUCAUCAUGGAGUCGAACUGCAUGCUCUCAUAAACAGGAUGCUGGAGUCAUCUGCAGUGGUUCCUCGCUGGCAUUUCAUGAGGAGCGAGUGCGGUUAUCUGGAGGGAUGGAUUGUAAGGGGCAGGUGGAGUGUGAGGGGAACGAGACGUCCCUGUGGAACUGCAGAUUUCAGCUGUGUGGAGAGGAUGAAUGUGGACACAAGGAGGACGUAGGAAUCAUUUGCUCAGAGUUUAAAGAGAUAAGACUCACAGAGGGCUGUGAGGGGAAUCUGGAAGUGUUCUACAAUGGAACCUGGGGUAAUGUGUGUGUAAAUGGGAUGAAUAAAGAAACUGCAAGAUUCAUUUGUCAAGAGCUGAACUGUGGAAGAUCUGGCAGUCAGAGGGCUUCCAAAGCAAGUGUGGAAUCAGCUCCUAACUGGCUGGAUGAUCUGAAAUGUAGGAAACAUGACUCCACUCUGUGGCACUGUCCAUCUUCACCCUGGAGACAGAACAAAUGUGACAAUAGCAAUGAGGUGGCUCACAUUACCUGUUCAGGUAGGCAGCUUGGAUUGGUUUUGUAUUGUUGCACCUCUUCUUCACACAAAUUUCAUUGUCUCCUCAUGUGUGAUGUGUGUGAUUUAGAUCGCCUGCCUCUCAGGCUGAGAGGAGGAAAGGGAAACUGCUCUGGGAGGCUGGAGGUGUAUCACAAUAAAACAUGGGGGUCUGUCUGUGAUGAUCUGUGGAACAUCAGGGAUGCUCAGGUGGUCUGCAGGCAGCUGGGCUGUGGGCCGGCGCUGAGUGCUGAUGGGAGUGCUGUCUUUGGUGCUGGUGAAGGGCCUAUCUGGCUAAACAGAGUGAAGUGUAGAGGGAAUGAGAUUCACCUGUGGGACUGUCCUCAUUCCCUGAAGAACCACACUGACUGCUCCCACAGGCAGGACGCUGGAGUCACCUGUGCAGGCCUGCUUUUUUUGAGUCUCCAAUCAAAUCAUGUUUAUCCCAGUGUUAAUUAUCUGCAAGGCUUUGAUUCUGAUACUUCUCAAAUGUUAGAACCGGAAUACCCCCUUCCAUUAAAACCCCAUUUUAGAAGUGUCUGUCUUCCUCUUUUGACAGUCACUCCUCCAGCUGUUCCAUUCAUCCAUCCAGUGUCUCUCCUAGUUCUGGGAGCGGUGCUCUUCCUGGCCUUAGUGCUUCUGGUUGUGCUGAUUUACCAGAACAGAGUGCUCAGGAGAGGGCUCUCUAAGAGGAUGGAGAAUGUAGUCUAUGAAGGCCAGAGAAGAGUGUUUGAGGGCGUCUGUGAAGGCUUGAGUAGGGGCACUGAGAGAGUCUACGAGGAGAUUUACUGCAAUUUCAAUACUGAAAGAACCAUUCAAAGGG